AUGCCAUCAACAGCAAGCCGUCGUCCUGUGUCUGCUGCAGCAGUAGCAGCAGCAGCAGCAGCAAAUAGUAGUAGUAGUGGCAGUAGUAGUGCAGCAGCAGCAGCAGCAGCAAGAAGACGUAGCGAAAUAUUUGUAGAUGUUAUAGAAAAAAUAUCCGUAGUACUAGCAGGAGACAGCAGACUACUGCAUGCAUCAUUAGAGGGAAGUAUACUCAUGAAGUCUUAUCUAGAGUCUCCUCCUCUUCUUAAAUUAGCAUUAACGGAUCAGAUUCCUAUUUCUGCUAAUGGCGGAAGUAACUCUCUCUUCGUGUCCGCGGAAGUAACUCUUCGUGUCCGUGCUGAUUUACCUGAGCAAUGCUGUGCUGCUAAUCUAAGUGUCUCCUUUUGUGUCCCUAAGGGGACAACUUCUGCUGCAUUGGAGGUAUUACCUCCUAUACAUACACAGAGUGGGGAGUUUAUUGCUUCUGAGCAUCGAGUUCAAUGGCUUCUUAAGAAGUUGCAGGUAAACACCAAACCCUAA